AUGGGGGAUGUCAGGGACGAAUGGACACUGCCAUGCAUUACGGAGAAAAUGAAUUUCACAAGAUUGAAACAGGUAUGGUUAGGCCAAGGAUUUCCGAAGAUUGACGAUGUUAGCAGCUGUAAAAGUGUUCCACACUCCAUAAGAAGGAGACGUGCUCCAGUUCGCAGGAGGACUUACAGACGAAGAGGUAACUUUAUGAAGAACAUUUAUAAAGGAAUUGUUCAUAGUGAACAUAAGGCUUCCCAUGAGUUUAAUUUGGGAGCUAAGGGAGUUUAUACAUCGAACCUCUGUUUGAAUUGGCACACUUUCCUGACUGGGACAAUCAAGAGCCAGACAUCUUCGUACCUGAAUCUUUUUGAUGAAGUUAAGAUUCGUCACGUUACUCUUACUUAUUGGUUGAGAAAUAAUGGUUCUAACUCUUUAACUUAUGAACAACCUACGAUGACUACCACUUACGAUCCAGAUGCGCAAGGUCGGACUAUGUCUAUCGACAACCAGAAUUGUUGCCCGAAUACUCGUGAACGUUUAAUUCGGUACGGAAAGAAGUAUAAGCUCAGGAUGUACCCCAAGUUCCAGCCUAAGCUUUCUGCUGCUAAAUCUGUAGCUAUUGGUGGUAAAUCUGUUUCUCCUUGGAUUGAUGCUGCCUAUUUUACGUAUGGUGCUUCUCCAGCUUCGUCAAUGAAUGGAAUUAUUUAUACUCUUAUAGGUAGUCCUAAUACCUUUGUUGAGGGUUUCUACAGUGUAGGACUUUCAUGGAAAGGACGUAGAGAUGGUCAGAUCUAUACUGUGAAAGAUGAUGUUUAUUCUGCUGCUACUCCUGAAGGAUUUGAAGUUUUAGAGGGGUACGAUACUGUGAAUUAG